AUGUUGUGGGAGUGGGAGGACGGCGACGAGGCGGCGCGGACGGGCGAGGAGGUCCCCGUCGAUUUCGACUUCUUCUCCUUCUUCGAGCCCAAGGAUUACUACAAGAUACUGGAAGUCGAUUAUGAUGCGUCGGAGGAGACAAUCAGGUCGAGCUACAUCCGUCUGGCGCUGAAAUGGCACCCUGACAAGAAACAAGGUGAAGAAAAGGCAACAUCCAGAUUUCAGGACAUUAAUGAGGCCUACCAAGUUCUUAGCAAUCCAGUAAAACGGCAGGAGUAUGACAAGAAAGGUGUUUUAUACGUUCAGGAUCAGAAUGCAGCGGAUUACCUGAACCGACACAAGGGUUUAAUACUUACAUGCAAUGGCCUUGGUGUAAGGUACUCGGUGUGGUGA